GAUGACGUUUUUUGCGUCACUUCCCGAAAACCACAACUUUCACGCGAUCGCUCGCUCGCUCGCGCGCCUUUAAAAAAUGCGUAGCUUAUUUCAAAUCAAUAUGUCAACUAUAAUGUACAUUAAUUGCUCUCUGUCGAUGUAAACGAUGGCCUUGGUUCGUAAACAAUUCGUGCUGUCGUGUGGCUCUCGCUGAAACAAACGAGUAUUUAUAAUAUAAACGAUAUCCAUCGUAAUCAUAUGUUGCUGAAUUAUUAAACACCAUGAAGAGCACGAGCAAAAUCGGCCUGUUUUUGAUAAUAACGUGUGGAGUGUUUUAUGCUGAAACCGAUGAAGUGAAGUCGGUGAUGGAGGGAGAGUCUGUCACUCUAAACCUCGAUCUUUCUAAAAUACAGGGUCUUCACCUGCUCCUGUGGUGGUUUGGAGAUAAGGGUUACACAGUUGCUCAGAUUGACGGAAUAGAAAUCUCAUAUGAAGAUUAUGAGUUAUUUAGAGACCGACUGGAGCUGGAUCAGACUGGAUCUCUCACCAUCACAAACACCAGAACCAAGCACUCUGGACUCUAUAAAGCAGAAAUCAACCACAGCACCGGAACUCUGUAUAUUAAGUUCAGUGUUACCGUCUACGAGUCUCCAUCUGUUAUAGAUGCUGGUGAAGCAGAAAGGCAGCUCAUGUCGGUGAAGGAGGGAGUUUCUGUAACUCUAAAUAUUCCUCAACUACAAGGAAACGAGCUGAUAGUGUGGAGGUCUGGAGAUGAAGGAAAACUCGUAGCUAAACUUGAUAAAGAGACCAAAAGCUCACCAUUAUAUUAUGAUGAGAGAUUCAGAGACAGACUGGAACUGGAAAAGACCGGAUCUCUGAUCAUCACCAACACCAGAACCACAGAUUCUGGACUUUAUAGAGUGAAGAUCAGCAGCAACAAACAGACCUUAUACAAGAGAUUCACUGUCACUGUCAACGAACCAGGUCUUUCUUCAGCUGCUGUAGCAGGGAUCGUUCUUUCUCUGCUGCUAACGGCUUUAGCUGCAGCUACUGGUGGUUUAUUUUAUUUACGCAAGAAAUCUGAACUAGACAAUCUAAAGUCGGAAAUCUCGAAACGACAAACUGAAACAUUGGAGAUCUCUGAAAAACUAAAGGAAAUGUCGAGGAUCUCUGAAAAACUGAAUGAAAUGUCGGAUGACUCUGAACGACUAAAGGAUCUGUCAAAACACUGUGAAAAAGAAAUGCACAAGAUCUCUGACAGACUAAAGGAAAUGUCUUCGAAAACAAAAGAACAGAUCUCUGAACAAGAAACACCUUUGUCUGAUGCCGUGAUCAUGGAAUCAGCUGGAAAAGGAAUGAAUGAAGAAGCACCUGUUUUAAGUGACUGAGCAGCAGACAGAUUCCGAUUCCAAUGAUGAGUGCCACGCCAUUUUCACGUAGAGCGUUGGUUUAGUAUGUUGAGUCUCUUUUGCUUUUCCCUCUCAACUAAGCCUCGGGGAGCCUUCACACUACAGUAAAAAAAAUGUGAAAACUGUUGAAAAAGCAUUAAUAUUACUCUAAAUUAAUAUAUUACAUAUACGUAAUCUUAUCCUAUGUGUGAGUUGCUGUUUUAAUUAUAAAAAGCAUUAAUAUUACUCUAAAUUAAUAUAUUACAUAUACGUAAUCUUAUCCUAUGUGUGAGUUGCUGUUUUAAUUAUUCAUUUUUUUUUUUAAUUUCAAAUACUUGUUUUUCGUGCCUAAUUUAUAAAUACAUAGUUUUUUUUAUGAUACUGCAAAUAUCACUCGAUAGCUGCUGCGCCCGUCAGAUACCAAAAAAAACAAAACCUCACGGUGCGUGGCAGUGCUGUGAUCAGGCAAAGAAACAGAGACAACAGAACAAACAGAGAGCAGAAUGGAUACGUGUGAGAUAAAGCAUGUAUGUACAACUGUAUUCAUUUUAUGGGACUUUAUUUAAAGUGAAAGUAAAAUAAAUAUGAAAACGCAUAUCUCUAA